AUUCUUUCCUCCACAGACAAUCCUCCUAAGCAAGGAACACGAUGCAUCGUUUUAAACACAGGCUCUCAUAGAACCGCUGACAUUGGCGAGUCAAGCUAUGUACAACCUAUCCCGAUAAAAGUGUCGUCAUUCUUAUAUUUUCCUGACGAAAGCAACGUAAGAGCUGAAUCACUUCAACCAAUCAGUCAAAAUCCAUUUAAAUACCCAUGGAUUAUAUUCAGGCCUAUAGGUAGUUACAUCAAACCAAGAGGAAAUUGUGGAGAUGGAGCUGUGAUAGAUGGCAUAACUGACUCCACCAAUGGGAACUCAUACGGCAAUGCUGUUGAUGGAGUGAAUGGGGCCGGUGCUAAUUCUGGAAGCAACAUUAGCUCUGGAAGCGUCGUGAACACGAACAAUGGAGGAACCACGGCUGAAAGCUACAGCAACGGAAACUCAAACGGCGACGCUGUUGCUGGAGUGAAUGGGGCCAGUGCUAAUUCUGGAAGCGACAGCAGCUCUGGAAGCUUCGUGAACACGAACAAUGGAGGAACCACGGCUGGAAGCUACAGCAACGGAAACUCAAAUGGCAAUGCUGUUGCUGGAGGGAAUGGAGCCAGUGCUAAUUCUGGAAGUAACUCUAGCUCUGGAAGUUUCGUGAACACGAAUAAUGGAGGAACCGCGGCUGGAAGCUACAGCAACGGAAACUCAAAUGGCAAUGCUGUUGCUGGAGGGAAUGGAGCCAGUGCUAAUUCUGGAAGUAACUCUAGCUCUGGAAGCAUUGUGAACACGAACAACGGAGGAACCACUGCUGGAAGCUACAGCAACGGAAACUCAAACGGCAACGCUGUUGCUGGAGUGAAUGGGGCCAGUGCUAAUUCUGGAAGCGACAGCAGCUCUGGAAGCUUCGUUAACACGAACAAUGGAGAAACCACGGCUGGAAGCUACAGCAACGGAAACUCAAAUGGCAAUGCUGUUGAUAGAGUGAAUGGAGCCAGUGCUACUACUGGAAGCGACAACAGCUCUGGAAGCUUCGUGAACACGAACAAUAGAGGAACCACGGCUGAAAGCUACAGCAACGGAAACUCAAAUGGCAAUGCUGUUGCUGGAGGGAAUGGAGCCAGUGCUAAUUCUGGAAGUAACUCUAGCUCUGGAAGCAUUGUGAACACGAACAACGGAGGAACUACUGCUGAAAGCUACAGCAACGGAAACUCAAACGGCAACGCUGUUGCUGGAGUGAAUGGGGCCAGUGCUAAUUCUGGAAGCGACAGCAGCUCUGGAAGCUUCGUUAACACGAACAAUGGAGGAACCACGGCUGGAAGCUACAGCAACGGAAACUCAAACGGCAAUGCUGUUGCUGGAGUGAAUGGGGCCAGUGCUAAUUCUGGAAGCGACAGCAGCUCUGGAAGCUUCGUGAACACGAACAAUGGAGGAACCACGGCUGCAAGCUACAGCAACGGAAACUCAAACGGCAAUGCUGUUGCUGGAGGGAAUGGAGCCAGUGCUAAUUCUGGAAGUAACUCUAGCUCUGGAACAAUUGUGAACACGAACAACAGAGGAACCACUGCUGAAAGCUACAGCAACGGAAACUCAAACGGCAACGCUGUUGCUGGAGUGAAUGGGGCCACUGCUAAUUCUGGAAGCGACAGCAGCUCUGGAAGCUUCGUUAACACGAACAAUGGAGGAACCACGGCUGGAAGCUACAGCAACGGAAACUCAAAUGGCAAUGCUGUUGCUGGAGGGAAUGGAGCCAGUGCUAAUUCUGGAAGUAACUCUAGCUCUGGAAGUUUCGUGAACACGAACAAUGGAGGAACCACGGCUGGAAGCUACAGCAACGGAAACUCAAAUGGCAAUGCUGUUGCUGGAGGGAAUGAAGGCAGUGCUAAUUCUGGAAGUAACUCUAGCUCUGGAAGCAUUGUGAACACGAACAAUGGAGGAACCACUGCUGAAAGCUACAGCAACGGAAACUCAAACGGCAACGCUGUUGUUGGAGUGAAUGGGGCCAGUGCUAAUUCUGGAAGCGACAGCAGCUCUGGAAGCUUCGUUAACACGAACAAUGGAGGAACCACGGCUGGUAGCUACAACAAUGGAAACUCAUACGGCAAUGCUGUUGAUGGAGUGAAUGGAGCCAGUGCUACUACUGGAAGCAACACUAACUCUGGAAGCGUCGUGAAUACGAACAAUGGAGGAACCACGGCUGAAAGCUACAGCAACGGAAACUCAAACGGCAACGCUGUUGCUGGAGUGAAUGGGGCCAGUGCUAAUUCUGGAAGCGACAGCAGCUCUGGAAGCUUCGUGAACACGAACAAUGGAGGAACCACGGGUAAAAGCUACAGCAACGGAAACUCAAACGGCUACGCUGUUGCUGGAGUGAAUGGAGCCAGUGCUACUACUGGAAGCGACAGCAGCUCUGGAAGUUUCGUGAACACGAACAAUGGAGGUACCACGGCUGGAAGCUACAACAUUGGAAACUCAUACGGCAAUGCUGUUGAUGGAGUGAAUGGGGCCAGUGCUAAUUCUGGAAGCGACAGCAGCUCUGGAAGCUUCGUGAACACGAACAAUGGAGGAACCACGGCUGAAAGCUACAACAAUGGAAACUCAAACGGCAACGCUGGUGCUGGAGUGAAUGGAGCCAGUGCUAAUUCUGGAAGUGACAACAGCUCUGGAAGCUUCGUGAACACGAACAAUGGAGGAACCACGGCUGGAAGCUACAGCAACGGAAACUCAAAUGGCAAUGCUGUUGCUGGAGGGAAUGGAGCCAGUGCUAAUUCUGGAAGUUACUCUAGCUCUGGAAGCAUUGUGAACACGAACAACGGAGGAACCACUGCUGAAAGCUACAGCAACGGAAACUCAAACGGCAACGCUGUUGCUGGAGUGAAUGGGGCCAGUGCUAAUUCUGGAAGCGACAGCAGCUCUGGAAGCUUCGUUAACACGAACAAUGGAGGAACCACGGCUGGAAGCUACAGCAACGGAAACUCAAAUGGCAAUGCUGUUGAUGGAGUGAAUGGAGCCAGUGCUACUACUGGAAGCGACAGCAGCUCUGGAAGCUUCGUGAACACGAACAAUGGAGGAACCACGGCUGGAAGCUUCAGCAACGGAAACUCAAAUGGCAAUGCUGUUGCUGGAGGAAAUGGAGCCAGUGCUAAUUCUGGAAGUAACUCUAGCUCUGGAAGCAUUGUGAACACGAACAACGGAGGAACCACUGCUGAAAGCUACAGUAACGGAAACUCAAACGGCAACGCUGUUGCUGGAGUGAAUGGGGCCAGUGCUAAUUCUGGAAGCGACAGCAGCUCUGGAAGCUUCGUUAACACGAACAAUGGAGGAACCACGGCUGGAAGCUACAACAAUGGAAACUCAUACGGCAAUGCUGUUGAUGGAGUGAAUGGAGCCAGUGCUACUACUGGAAGCAACCCUAACUCUGGAAGCUUCGUGAACACGAACAAUGGAGGAACCACGGCAGCAAGCAACGGCUUUGGAAUCUCAUACGGUAGUGCUGUUGCUGGAGUGAAUGGGGCCAGUGCUAAUUCUGGAAGCGACAGCAGCUCUGGAAGCUUCGUGAACACGAACAAUGGAGGAACCACUGCUGAAAGCUACAGCAACGGAAACUCAAACGGCAACGCUGUUGCUGGAGUGAAUGGGGCCAGUGCUAAUUCUGGAAGCGACAGCAGCUCUGGAAGCUUCGUGAACACGAACAAUGGAGGAACCACAGCUCAAAGCUACAGCAAUGGAAACUCAAACGGCAACGCUGUUGCUGGAGUGAAUGGGGCCAGUGCUAAUUCUGGAAGCGACAGCAGCUCUGGAAGCUUCGUGAACACGAACAAUGGAGGAACCACGGCUGGAAGCUACAGCAACGGAAACUCAAACGGCAACGCUGGUGCUGGAGUGAAUGGAGCCAGUGCUAAUUCUGGAAGUGACAACAGCUCUGGAAGCUUCAUUAACACGAACAAUGGAGUAACCACGGCUGGAAGCUACAACAACGGAAACUCAAAUGGCAAUGCUGUUGCUGGAGUGAAUGGGCCCAGUGCUAAUUCUGGAAGCGACAGCAGCUCUGGAAGCUUCGUGAACACGAACAAUGGAGGAACCACGGCUAAAAGCUACAACAACGGAAACUCAAACGGCUACGCUGUUGCUGGAGUGAAUGGGGCCAUUGCUUAUUCUGGAAGCGACAACAGCUCUGGAAGCUUCGUUAACACGAACAAUGGAGGAACCACAGCUGGAAGUUACAACAAUGGGAACUCAUUCAGCAAUGCUGUUGAUGGAGUGAAUGGGGCCAGUGCUAAUUCUGGAAGCAACACUAGCUCUGGAAGCGUCGUGAACACGAACAAUGGAGAAACCACGGCUGAAAGCUACAGCAACGGAAACUCAAACGGCAACGCUGUUGCUGGAGUGAAUGGGGCCAGUGCUAAUUCUGGAAGCGACAGCAGUUCUGGAAGCUUCGUGAACACGAACAAUGGAGGAACCACGGCUGGAAGCUACAGCAACGGAAACUCAAAUGGCAAUGCUGUUGCUGGAGGGAAUGGAGCCAGUGCUAAUUCUGGAAGUAACUCUAGCUCUGGAAGUUUCGUGAACACGAACAAUGGAGGAACCAUGGCUGGAAGCUACAGCAACGGAAACUCAAAUGGCAAUGCUGUUGCUGGAGGGAAUGAAGGCAGUGCUAAUUCUGGAAGUAACUCUAGCUCUGGAAGCAUUGUGAACACGAACAACGGAGGAACCACUGCUGAAAGCUACAGCAACGGAAACUCAAACGGCAACGCUGUUGCUGGAGUGAAUGGGGCCAGUGCUAAUUCUGGAAGCGACAGCAGCUCUGGAAGCUUCGUUAACACGAACAAUGGAGGAACCACGGCUGGAAGCUACAACAAUGGAAACUCAUACGGCAAUGCUGUUGAUGGAGUGAAUGGAGCCAGUGCUACUACUGGAAGCAACCCUAACUCUGGAAGCGUCGUGAACACGAACAAUGGAGGAACCACGGCUGAAAGCUACAGCAACGGAAAAUCAAACGGCAACGCUGGUGCUGGAGUGAAUGGAGCCAGUGCUAAUUCUGGAAGUGACAACAGCUCUGGAAGCUUCAUUAACACGAACAAUGGAGUAACCACGGCUGGAAGCUACAACAACGGAAACUCAAAUGGCAAUGCUGUUGCUGGAGGGAAUGGAGCCAGUGCUAAUUCUGGAAGUAACUCUAGCUCUGGAAGCAUUGUGAACACGAACAACGGAGGAACCAUUGCUGAAAGCUACAGCAACGGAAACUCAAACGGCAACGCUGUUGCUGGAGUGAAUGGGGCCAGUGCUAAUUCUGGAAGCGACAGCAGCUCUGGAAGCUUCGUUAACACGAACAAUGGAGGAACCACGGCUGGAAGCUACAGCAACGGAAACUCAAAUGGCAAUGCUGUUGAUGGAGUGAAUGGAGCCAGUGCUACUACUGGAAGCGACAGCAGCUCUGGAAGCUUCGUGAACACGAACAAUGGAGGAACCACGGCUGGAAGCUACAGCAACGGAAACUCAAAUGGCAAUGCUGUUGCUGGAGGGAAUGGAGCCAGUGCUAAUUCUGGAAGUAACUCUAGCUCUGGAAGCAUUGUGAACACGAACAACGGAGGAACCACUGCUGAAAGCUACAGUAACGGAAACUCAAACGGCAACGCUGUUGCUGGAGUGAAUGGGGCCAGUGCUAAUUCUGGAAGCGACAGCAGCUCUGGAAGCUUCGUUAACACGAACAAUGGAGGAACCACGGCUGGAAGCUACAACAAUGGAAACUCAUACGGCAAUGCUGUUGAUGGAGUGAAUGGAGCCAGUGCUACUACUGGAAGCAACCGUAACUCUGGAAGCUUCGUGAACACGAACAAUGGAGGAACCACGGCAGCAAGCAACGGCUUUGAAAUCUCAUACGGUAGUGCUGUUGCUGGAGUGAAUGGGGCCAGUGCUAAUUCUGGAAGCGACAGCAGCUCUGGAAGCAUUGUGAACACGAACAAUGGAGGAACCACGGCUGGAAGCUACAACAAUGGAAACUCAUACGGCAAUGCUGUUGAUGGAGUGAAUGGGGCCAGUGCUAAUUCUGGAAGCAACACUAGCUCUGGAAGCUUCGUGAACUCGAACAAUGGAGGAACCACGGCUGAAGGCUACAGCAACGGAAACUCAAACGGCAACGCUGUUGCUGGAGUGAAUGGGGCCAGUGCUAAUUCUGGAAGCGACAGCAGCUCUGGAAGCUUCGUGAACACGAACAAUGGAGGAACCACAGCUCAAAGCUACAGCAAUGGAAACUCAAACGGCAACGCUGUUGCUGGAGUGAAUGGGGCCAGUGCUAAUUCUGGAAGCGACAGCAGCUCUGGAAGCAUUGUGAACACGAACAAUGGAGGAACCACGGCUGGAAGCUACAACAAUGGAAACUCAUACGGCAAUGCUGUUGAUGGAGUGAAUGGGGCCAGUGCUAAUUCUGGAAGCAACACUAGCUCUGGAAGCUUCGUGAACUCGAACAAUGGAGGAACCACGGCUGAAGGCUACAGCAACGGAAACUCAAACGGCAACGCUGUUGCUGGAGUGAAUGGGGCCAGUGCUAAUUCUGGAAGCGACAGCAGCUCUGGAAGCUUCGUGAACACGAACAAUGGAGGAACCACGGCUGAAAGCUACAACAAUGGAAACUCAAACGGUAAUGCUGUUGCUGGAGCGAAUGGGGCCAGUGCUAAUUCUGGAAGCGACAGCAGCUCUGGAAGCUUCGUGAACACGAACAAUGGAGGAACCACGGCUGGCAGCUACAGCAACGGAAACUCAAAUGGCAAUGCUGUUGCUGGAGGGAAUGUAGCCAGUGCUAAUUCUGGAAGUAACUCUAGCUCUGGAAGCAUUGUGAACACGAACAACGGAGGAACCACUGCUGAAAACUACAGCAACGGAAAUUCAAACGGCAACGCUGUUGCUGGAGUGAAUGGGGCCAGUGCUAAUUCUGGAAGCGACAGCAGCCCUGGAAGCUUCGUUAACACGAACAAUGGAGGAAACACGAACAAUGGAGGAACCACGGCUGGAAGCUACAACAAUGGAAACUCAUACGGCAAUGCUGUUGAUGGAGUGAAUGGAGCCAGUGCUACUACUGGAAGCAACACUAACUCUGGAAGCGUCGUGAAUACGAACAAUGGAGGAACCACGGCUGAAAGCUACAGCAACGGAAACUCAAACGGCAACGCUGUUGCUGGAGUGAAUGGGGCCACUGCUAAUUCUGGAAGCGACAGCAGCUCUGGAAGCUUCGUGAACACGAACAAUGGAGGAACCACGGGUAAAAGCUACAGCAACGGAAACUCAAACGGCUACGCUGUUGCUGGAGUGAAUGGAGCCAGUGCUACUACUGGAAGCGACAGCAGCUCUGGAAGUUUCGUGAACACGAACAAUGGAGGUACCACGGCUGGAAGCUACAACAUUGGAAACUCAUACGGCAAUGCUGUUGAUGGAGUGAAUGGGGCCAGUGCUAAUUCUGGAAGCGACAGCAGCUCUGGAAGCUUCGUGAACACGAACAAUGGAGGAACCACGGCUGAAAGCUACAACAAUGGAAACUCAAACGGCAACGCUGGUGCUGGAGUGAAUGGAGCCAGUGCUAAUUCUGGAAGUGACAACAGCUCUGGAAGCUUCGUGAACACGAACAAUGGAGGAACCACGGCUGGAAGCUACAGCAACGGAAACUCAAAUGGCAAUGCUGUUGCUGGAGGGAAUGGAGCCAGUGCUAAUUCUGGAAGUAACUCUAGCUCUGGAAGCAUUGUGAACACGAACAACGGAGGAACCACUGCUGAAAGCUACAGCAACGGAAACUCAAACGGCAACGCUGUUGCUGGAGUGAAUGGGGCCAGUGCUAAUUCUGGAAGCGACAGCAGCUCUGGAAGCUUCGUUAACACGAACAAUGGAGGAACCACGGCUGGAAGCUACAGCAACGGAAACUCAAAUGGCAAUGCUGUUGAUGGAGUGAAUGGAGCCAGUGCUACUACUGGAAGCGACAGCAGCUCUGGAAGCUUCGUGAACACGAACAAUGGAGGAACCACGGCUGGAAGCUUCAGCAACGGAAACUCAAAUGGCAAUGCUGUUGCUGGAGGGAAUGGAGCCAGUGCUAAUUCUGGAAGUAACUCUAGCUCUGGAAGCAUUGUGAACACGAACAACGGAGGAACCACUGCUGAAAGCUACAGUAACGGAAACUCAAACGGCAACGCUGUUGCUGGAGUGAAUGGGGCCAGUGCUAAUUCUGGAAGCGACAGCAGCUCUGGAAGCUUCGUUCACACGAACAAUGGAGGAACCACGGCUGGAAGCUACAACAAUGGAAACUCAUACGGCAAUGCUGUUGAUGGAGUGAAUGGAGCCAGUGCUACUACUGGAAGCAACCCUAACUCUGGAAGCUUUGUGAACACAAACAAUGGAGGAACCACGGCAGCAAGCAACGGCUUUGGAAUCUCAUACGGUCGUGCUGUUGCUGGAGGGAAUGGGGCCAGUGCUAAUUCUGGAAGCGACAGCAGCUCUGGAAGCUUCGUGAACACGAACAAUGGAGGAACCACUGCUGAAAGCUACAGCAACGGAAACUCAAACGGCAACGCUGUUGCUGGAGUGAAUGGGGCCAGUGCUAAUUCUGGAAGCGACAGCAGCUCUGGAAGCUUCGUGAACACGAACAAUGGAGGAACCACAGCUCAAAGCUACAGCAAUGGAAACUCAAACGGCAACGCUGUUGCUGGAGUGAAUGGGGCCAGUGCUAAUUCUGGAAGCGACAGCAGCUCUGGAAGCUUCGUGAACACGAACAAUGGAGGAACCACGGCAGGAAGCUACAGCAACGGAAACUCAAACGGCAACGCUGGUGCUGGAGUGAAUGGAGCCAGUGCUAAUUCUGGAAGUGACAACAGCUCUGGAAGCUUCAUUAACACGAACAAUGGAGUAACCACGGCUGGAAGCUACAACAACGGAAACUCAAAUGGCAAUGCUGUUGCUGGAGUGAAUGGGCCCAGUGCUAAUUCUGGAAGCGACAGCAGCUCUGGAAGCUUCGUGAACACGAACAAUGGAGGAACCACGGCUAAAAGCUACAGCAACGGAAACUCAAACGGCAACGCUGGUGCUGGAGUGAAUGGAGCCAGUGCUAAUUCUGGAAGUGACAACAGCUCUGGAAGCUUCAUUAACACGAACAAUGGAGUAACCACGGCUGGAAGUUACAACAACGGAAACUCAAAUGGCAAUGCUGUUGCUGGAGUGAAUGUGGCCAUUGCUUAUUCUGGAAGCGACAACAGCUCUGGAAGCUUCGUUAACACGAACAAUGGAGGAACCACAGCUGGAAGUUACAACAAUGGGAACUCAUUCAGCAAUGCUGUUGAUGGAGUGAAUGGGGCCAGUGCUAAUUCUGGAAGCAACACUAGCUCUGGAAGCGUCGUGAACACGAACAAUGGAGAAACCACGGCUGAAAGCUACAGCAACGGAAACUCAAACGGCAACGCUGUUGCUGGAGUGAAUGGGGCCAGUGCUAAUUCUGGAAGCGACAGCAGUUCUGGAAGCUUCGUGAACACGAACAAUGGAGGAACCACGGCUGGAAGCUACAGCAACGGAAACUCAAAUGGCAAUGCUGUUGCUGGAGGGAAUGGGGCCACUGCUAAUUCUGGAAGCGACAGCAGCUCUGGAAGCUUCGUGAACACGAACAAUGGAGGAACCACGGGUAAAAGCUACAGCAACGGAAACUCAAACGGCAAUGCUGUUGCUGGAGGGAAUGAAGGCAGUGCUAAUUCUGGAAGUAACUCUAGCUCUGGAAGCAUUGUGAACACGAACAACGGAGGAACCACGGCUGGAAGCUACAACAAUGGAAACUCAUACGGCAAUGCUGUUGAUGGAGUGAAUGGAGCCAGUGCUACUACUGGAAGCAACCCUAACUCUGGAAGCGUCGUGAACACGAACAAUGGAGGAACCACGGCUGAAAGCUACAGCAACAGAAACUCAAACGGCAACGCUGGUGCUGGAGUGAAUGGAGCCAGUGCUAAUUCUGGAAGUGACAACAGCUCUGGAAGCUUCAUUAACACGAACAAUGGAGUAACCACGGCUGGAAGCUACAACAACGGAAACUCAAAUGGCAAUGCUGUUGCUGGAGGGAAUGGAGCCAGUGCUAAUUCUGGAAGUAACUCUAGCUCUGGAAGCAUUGUGAACACGAACAACGGAGGAACCACUGCUGAAAGCUACAGCAACGGAAACUCAAACGGCAACGCUGUUGCUGGAGUGAAUGGGGCCAGUGCUAAUUCUGGAAGCGACAGCAGCUCUGGAAGCUUCGUUAACACGAACAAUGGAGGAACCACGGCUGGAAGCUACAGCAACGGAAACUCAAAUGGCAAUGCUGUUGAUGGAGUGAAUGGAGCCAGUGCUACUACUGGAAGCGACAGCAGCUCUGGAAGCUUCGUGAACACGAACAAUGGAGGAACCACGGCUGGAAGCUACAGCAACGGAAACUCAAAUGGCAAUGCUGUUGCUGGAGUGAAUGGAGCCAGUGCUAAUUCUGGAAGUAACUCUAGCUCUGGAAGCAUUGUGAACACGAACAACGGAGGAACCACUGCUGAAAGCUACAGUAACGGAAACUCAAACGGCAACGCUGUUGCUGGAGUGAAUGGGGCCAGUGCUAAUUCUGGAAGCGACAGCAGCUCUGGAAGCUUCGUUAACACGAACAAUGGAGGAACCACGGCUGGAAGCUACAACAAUGGAAACUCAUACGGCAAUGCUGUUGAUGGAGUGAAUGGAGCCAGUGCUACUACUGGAAGCAACCCUAACUCUGGAAGCUUCGUGAACACGAACAAUGGAGGAACCACGGCAGCAAGCAACGGCUUUGGAAUCUCAUACGGUAGUGCUGUUGCUGGAGUGAAUGGGGCCAGUGCUAAUUCUGGAAGUGACAGCAGCUCUGGAAGCUUCGUGAACACGAACAAUGGAGGAACCACAGCUCAAAGCUACAGCAAUGGAAACUCAAACGGCAACGCUGUUGCUGGAGUGAAUGGGGCCAGUGCUAAUUCUGGAAGCGACAGCAGCUCUGGAAGCAUUGUGAACACGAACAAUGGAGGAACCACGGCUGGAAGCUACAGCAACGGAAACUCAAAUGGCAAUGCUGUUGAUGGAGUGAAUGGGGCCAGUGCUAAUUCUGGAAGCAACACUAGCUCUGGAAGCUUCGUGAACUCGAACAAUGGAGGAACCACGGCUGAAGGCUACAGCAACGGAAACUCAAACGGCAACGCUGUUGCUGGAGUGAAUGGGGCCAGUGCUAAUUCUGGAAGCGACAGCAGCUCUGGAAGCUUCGUGAACACGAACAAUGGAGGAACCACGGCUGAAAGCUACAACAAUGGAAACUCAAACGGUAAUGCUGUUGCUGGAGCGAAUGGGGCCAGUGCUAAUUCUGGAAGCGACAGCAGCUCUGGAAGCUUCGUUAACACGAACAAUGGAGGAACCACGGCUGGAAGCUACAGCAACGGAAACUCAAAUGGCAAUGCUGUUGCUGGAGGGAAUAGAGCCAGUGCUAAUUCUGGAAGUAACUCUAGCUCUGGAAGUUUCGUGAACACGAACAAUGGAGGAACCACGGCUGGAAGCUACAGCAACGGAAACUCAAAUGGCAAUGCUGUUGCUGGAGGGAAUGAAGGCAGUGCUAAUUCUGGAAGUAACUCUAGCUCUGGAAGCAUUGUGAACACGAACAACGGAGGAACCACUGCUGAAAGCUACAGCAACGGAAACUCAAACGGCAACGCUGUUGCUGGAGUGAAUGGGGCCAGUGCUAAUUCUGGAAGCGACAGCAGCUCUGGAAGCUUCGUUAACACGAACAAUGGAGGAACCACGGCUGGAAGCUACAACAAUGGAAACUCAUACGGCAAUGCUGUUGAUGGAGUGAAUGGAGCCAGUGCUACUACUGGAAGCAACCCUAACUCUGGAAGCGUCGUGAACACGAACAAUGGAGGAACCACGGCUGGAAGCUACAGCAACGGAAACUCAAACGGCAACGCUGGUGCUGGAGUGAAUGGAGCCAGUGCUAAUUCUGGAAGUGACAACAGCUCUGGAAGCUUCAUUAACACGAACAAUGGAGUAACCACGGCUGGAAGCUACAACAACGGAAACUCAAACGGCAAUGCUGUUGCUGGAGGGAAUGGAGCCAGUGCUAAUUCUGGAAGUAACUCUAGCUCUGGAAGCAUUGUGAACACGAACAACGGAGGAACCACUGCUGAAAGCUACAGCAACGGAAACUCAAACGGCAACGCUGUUGCUGGAGUGAAUGGGGCCAGUGCUAAUUCUGGAAGCGACAGCAGCUCUGGAAGCUUCGUUAACACGAACAAUGGAGGAACCACGGCUGGAAGCUACAGCAACGGAAACUCAAAUGGCAAUGCUGUUGAUGGAGUGAAUGGAGCCAGUGCUACUACUGGAAGCGACAGCAGCUCUGGAAGCUUCGUGAACACGAACAAUGGAGGAACCACGGCUGGAAGCUACAGCAACGGAAACUCAAAUGGCAAUGCUGUUGCUGGAGGGAAUGGAGCCAGUGCUAAUUCUGGAAGUAACUCUAGCUCUGGAAGCAUUGUGAACACGAACAACGGAGGAACCACUGCUGAAAGCUACAGUAACGGAAACUCAAACGGCAACGCUGUUGCUGGAGUGAAUGGGGCCAGUGCUAAUUCUGGAAGCGACAGCAGCUCUGGAAGCUUCGUUAACACGAACAAUGGAGGAACCACGGCUGGAAGCUACAACAAUUUAAACUCAUACGGCAAUGCUGUUGAUGGAGUGAAUGGAGCCAGUGCUACUACUGGAAGCAACCCUACCUCUGGAAGCUUCGUGAACACGAACAAUGGAGGAACCACGUUUGGAAGCUACAAUAUUGGAUACUCAUACGGCAACGCUGUUGAUGGAGUGAAUGGAGCCAGUGCUAAUUCUGGAAGCAACACUAGCUCUGGAAGCCUUGUGAACACAAACAACGGAGGAACCACUGCUGAAAGCUACAGCAACGGAAACUCAAACGGCAACGCUGUUGCUGGAGUGAAUGGGGCCAGUGCUAAUUCUGGAAGCGACAGCAGCUCUGGAAGCUUCGUUAACACGAACAAUGUAGGAACCACGGCUGGAAGCUACAGCAACGGAAACUCAAAUGGCAAUGCUGUUGAUGGAGUGAAUGGAGCCAGUGCUACUACUGGAAGCGACAGCAGCUCUGGAAGCUUCGUGAACACGAACAAUGGAGGAACCACGGCUGGAAGCUACAGCAACGGAAACUCAAAUGGCAAUGCUGUUGCUGGAGGGAAUGGAGCCAGUGCUAAUUCUGGAAGUAACUCUAGCUCUGGAAGCAUUGUGAACACGAACAACGGAGGAACCACUGCUGAAAGCUACAGUAACGGAAACUCAAACGGCAACGCUGUUGCUGGAGUGAAUGGGGCCAGUGCUGAUUCUGGAAGCGACAGCAGCUCUGGAAGCUUCGUUAACACGAACAAUGGAGGAACCACGGCUGGAAGCUACAACAAUGGAAACUCAUACGGCAAUGCUGUUGAUGGAGUGAAUGGAGCCAGUGCUAUUACUGGAAGCAACCCUAACUCUGGAAGCUUCGUGAACACGAACAAUGGAGGAACCACGUUUGGAAGCUACAACAUUGGAUACUCAUACGGCAACGCUGUUGAUGGAGUGAAUGGAGCCAGUGCUAAUUCUGGAAGCAACACUAGCUCUGGAAGCCUUGUGAACACGAACAACGGAGGAACCACGGCUGAAAUCUACAGCAACGGAAACUCAAGCGGCAACGCUGUUGCUGGAGUGAAUGGGGCCAGUGCUAAUUCUGGAAGCGACAGCAGCUCUGGAAGCUUCGUUAACACGAACAAUGGAGGAACCACGGCUGGAAGCUACAGCAACGGAAACUCAAAUGGCAAUGCUGUUGAUGGAGUGAAUGGAGCCAGUGCUACUACUGGAAGCGACAGCAGCUCUGGAAGCUUCGUGAACACGAACAAUGGAGGAACCACGGCUGGAAGCUACAGCAACGGAAACUCAAAUGGCAAUGCUGUUGCUGGAGGGAAUGGAGCCAGUGCUAAUUCUGGAAGUAACUCUAGCUCUGGAAGCAUUGUGAACACGAACAACGGAGGAACCACUGCUGAAAGCUACAGCAACGGAAACUCAAACGGCAACGCUGUUGCUGGAGUGAAUGGGGCCAGUGCUAAUUCUGGAAGCGACAGCAGCUCUGGAAGCUUCGUUAACACGAACAAUGGAGGAACCACGGCUGGAAGCUACAGCAACGGAAACUCAAAUGGCAAUGCUGUUGAUGGAGUGAAUGGAGCCAGUGCUACUACUGGAAGCGACAGCAGCUCUGGAAGCUUCGUGAACACGAACAAUGGAGGAACCACGGCUGGAAGCUACAGCAACGGAAACUCAAAUGGCAAUGCUGUUGCUGGAGGGAAUGGAGCCAGUGCUAAUUCUGGAAGUAACUCUAGCUCUGGAAGCAUUGUGAACACGAACAACGGAGGAACCACUGCUGAAAGCUACAGUAACGGAAACUCAAACGGCAACGCUGUUGCUGGAGUGAAUGGGGCCAGUGCUAAUUCUGGAAGCGACAGCAGCUCUGGAAGCUUCGUUAACACGAACAAUGGAGGAACCACGGCUGGAAGCUACAACAAUGGAAACUCAUACGGCAAUGCUGUUGAUGGAGUGAAUGGAGCCAGUGCUACUACUGGAAGCAACCCUAACUCUGGAAGCUUCGUGAACACGAACAAUGGAGGAACCACGGCAGCAAGCAACGGCUUUGGAAUCUCAUACGGUAGUGCUGUUGCUGGAGUGAAUGGGGCCAGUGCUAAUUCUGGAAGUGACAGCAGCUCUGGAAGCUUCGUGAACACGAACAAUGGAGGAACCACAGCUCAAAGCUACAGCAAUGGAAACUCAAACGGCAACGCUGUUGCUGGAGUGAAUGGGGCCAGUGCUAAUUCUGGAAGCGACAGCAGCUCUGGAAGCAUUGUGAACACGAACAAUGGAGGAACCACGGCUGGAAGCUACAGCAACGGAAACUCAAAUGGCAAUGCUGUUGAUGGAGUGAAUGGGGCCAGUGCUAAUUCUGGAAGCAACACUAGCUCUGGAAGCUUCGUGAACUCGAACAAUGGAGGAACCACGGCUGAAGGCUACAGCAACGGAAACUCAAACGGCAACGCUGUUGCUGGAGUGAAUGGGGCCAGUGCUAAUUCUGGAAGCGACAGCAGCUCUGGAAGCUUCGUGAACACGAACAAUGGAGGAACCACGGCUGAAAGCUACAACAAUGGAAACUCAAACGGUAAUGCUGUUGCUGGAGCGAAUGGGGCCAGUGCUAAUUCUGGAAGCGACAGCAGCUCUGGAAGCUUCGUUAACACGAACAAUGGAGGAACCACGGCUGGAAGCUACAGCAACGGAAACUCAAAUGGCAAUGCUGUUGCUGGAGGGAAUAGAGCCAGUGCUAAUUCUGGAAGUAACUCUAGCUCUGGAAGUUUCGUGAACACGAACAAUGGAGGAACCACGGCUGGAAGCUACAGCAACGGAAACUCAAAUGGCAAUGCUGUUGCUGGAGGGAAUGAAGGCAGUGCUAAUUCUGGAAGUAACUCUAGCUCUGGAAGCAUUGUGAACACGAACAACGGAGGAACCACUGCUGAAAGCUACAGCAACGGAAACUCAAACGGCAACGCUGUUGCUGGAGUGAAUGGGGCCAGUGCUAAUUCUGGAAGCGACAGCAGCUCUGGAAGCUUCGUUAACACGAACAAUGGAGGAACCACGGCUGGAAGCUACAACAAUGGAAACUCAUACGGCAAUGCUGUUGAUGGAGUGAAUGGAGCCAGUGCUACUACUGGAAGCAACCCUAACUCUGGAAGCGUCGUGAACACGAACAAUGGAGGAACCACGGCUGGAAGCUACAGCAACGGAAACUCAAACGGCAACGCUGGUGCUGGAGUGAAUGGAGCCAGUGCUAAUUCUGGAAGUGACAACAGCUCUGGAAGCUUCAUUAACACGAACAAUGGAGUAACCACGGCUGGAAGCUACAACAACGGAAACUCAAACGGCAAUGCUGUUGCUGGAGGGAAUGGAGCCAGUGCUAAUUCUGGAAGUAACUCUAGCUCUGGAAGCAUUGUGAACACGAACAACGGAGGAACCACUGCUGAAAGCUACAGCAACGGAAACUCAAACGGCAACGCUGUUGCUGGAGUGAAUGGGGCCAGUGCUAAUUCUGGAAGCGACAGCAGCUCUGGAAGCUUCGUUAACACGAACAAUGGAGGAACCACGGCUGGAAGCUACAGCAACGGAAACUCAAAUGGCAAUGCUGUUGAUGGAGUGAAUGGAGCCAGUGCUACUACUGGAAGCGACAGCAGCUCUGGAAGCUUCGUGAACACGAACAAUGGAGGAACCACGGCUGGAAGCUACAGCAACGGAAACUCAAAUGGCAAUGCUGUUGCUGGAGGGAAUGGAGCCAGUGCUAAUUCUGGAAGUAACUCUAGCUCUGGAAGCAUUGUGAACACGAACAACGGAGGAACCACUGCUGAAAGCUACAGUAACGGAAACUCAAACGGCAACGCUGUUGCUGGAGUGAAUGGGGCCAGUGCUAAUUCUGGAAGCGACAGCAGCUCUGGAAGCUUCGUUAACACGAACAAUGGAGGAACCACGGCUGGAAGCUACAACAAUUUAAACUCAUACGGCAAUGCUGUUGAUGGAGUGAAUGGAGCCAGUGCUACUACUGGAAGCAACCCUACCUCUGGAAGCUUCGUGAACACGAACAAUGGAGGAACCACGUUUGGAAGCUACAAUAUUGGAUACUCAUACGGCAACGCUGUUGAUGGAGUGAAUGGAGCCAGUGCUAAUUCUGGAAGCAACACUAGCUCUGGAAGCCUUGUGAACACAAACAACGGAGGAACCACUGCUGAAAGCUACAGCAACGGAAACUCAAACGGCAACGCUGUUGCUGGAGUGAAUGGGGCCAGUGCUAAUUCUGGAAGCGACAGCAGCUCUGGAAGCUUCGUUAACACGAACAAUGUAGGAACCACGGCUGGAAGCUACAGCAACGGAAACUCAAAUGGCAAUGCUGUUGAUGGAGUGAAUGGAGCCAGUGCUACUACUGGAAGCGACAGCAGCUCUGGAAGCUUCGUGAACACGAACAAUGGAGGAACCACGGCUGGAAGCUACAGCAACGGAAACUCAAAUGGCAAUGCUGUUGCUGGAGGGAAUGGAGCCAGUGCUAAUUCUGGAAGUAACUCUAGCUCUGGAAGCAUUGUGAACACGAACAACGGAGGAACCACUGCUGAAAGCUACAGUAACGGAAACUCAAACGGCAACGCUGUUGCUGGAGUGAAUGGGGCCAGUGCUAAUUCUGGAAGCGACAGCAGCUCUGGAAGCUUCGUUAACACGAACAAUGGAGGAACCACGGCUGGAAGCUACAACAAUGGAAACUCAUACGGCAAUGCUGUUGAUGGAGUGAAUGGAGCCAGUGCUAUUACUGGAAGCAACCCUAACUCUGGAAGCUUCGUGAACACGAACAAUGGAGGAACCACGUUUGGAAGCUACAACAUUGGAUACUCAUACGGCAACGCUGUUGAUGGAGUGAAUGGAGCCAGUGCUAAUUCUGGAAGCAACACUAGCUCUGGAAGCCUUGUGAACACGAACAACGGAGGAACCACGGCUGAAAUCUACAGCAACGGAAACUCAAACGGCAACGCUGUUGCUGGAGUGAAUGGGGCCAGUGCUAAUUCUGGAAGCGACAGCAGCUCUGGAAGCUUCGUUAACACGAACAAUGGAGGAACCACGGCUGGAAGCUACAGCAACGGAAACUCAAAUGGCAAUGCUGUUGAUGGAGUGAAUGGAGCCAGUGCUACUACUGGAAGCGACAGCAGCUCUGGAAGCUUCGUGAACACGAACAAUGGAGGAACCACGGCUGGAAGCUACAGCAACGGAAACUCAAAUGGCAAUGCUGUUGCUGGAGGGAAUGGAGCCAGUGCUAAUUCUGGAAGCAACAGCAGCUCUGGAAGCUUCGUGAAUACGAACAAUGGAGGAACCACUGCUGAAAGCUACAGUAACGGAAACUCAAACGGCAACGCUGUUGCUGGAGUGAAUGGGGCCAGUGCUAAUUCUGGAAGCGACAGCAGCUCUGGAAGCUUCGUUAACACGAACAAUGGAGGAACCACGGCUGGAAGCUACAACAUUGGAAACUCAUACGGCAACGCUGUUGAUGGAGUGAAUGGAGCCAGUGCUACUACUGGAAGCAACACUAGCUCUGGAAGCUUCGUGAACACGAACAAUGGAGGAACCACGGCUGAAAGCUACAACAAUGGAAACUCAUACGGUAAUGCUGUUGCUGGAGUGAAUGGGGCCAGUGCUAUUUCUGGAAGCAACACUAGCUCUGGAAGCUUAGUGAACACGAACAAUGGAGGAACCACGGCUGAAAGCUACAACAAUGGAUACUCAAAUGGCAAUGCUGUUGCUGGAGGGAAUGGGGCCAGUGCUAAUUCUGGAAGCGACAGCAGCUCUGGAAGCUUCGUGAACACGAACAAUGGAGGAACCACGGCUGGAAUCUACAACAUUGGAAACUCAUACGGCAACGCUGUUGAUGGAGUGAAUGGAGCCAGUGCUACUACUGGAAGCAACACUAGCUCUGGAAGCUUCGUGAACACGAACAAUGGAGGAACCACGGCUGAAAGCUACAACAAUGGAAACUCAUACGGUAAUGCUGUUGCUGGAGUGAAUGGGGCCAGUGCUAUUUCUGGAAGCGACAGCAGCUCUGGAAGCUUUAUUAGCCCUAACAGUGGUGGUUCCACGGCUGGAAGCAACGGCAGCAGAAAGUUAUACGGCAAUGCCCCAACAGGUCUUCGUUAUACGCCAACACUAGAUUUUGGCUUGCGAUCUGCACUUGGAAGUAUUCCUAUAAAUAAAUUUAAGCCCCAAUUACAUAAUGUGGAGGGACCGCUUGACUUUUCAUCAAGAAUCGCUGACAGUAUAAUACCGGAAAGGAAUUUUUUAAGUAAUGCAGGCUCUUAUGAUCUAAACCAUUUAGACUACCCAAGUAGUCCCAAUGGUAUUUAUAGCCUGAAUGAGAAUUUCAAAGCACCUGCAAGAGCAGUAUAUGAUAAUGAAAAUUUCGCUCCUCGUCUUGUUGCAAACACAUUUAAUAAACCGUCAUAUGGUCCAAUCAUUGGUCAAUUAGGUGGAAAUAAUUAUGCUUUGGCGAACUCCUUCGCCCAGUCUCGUACUGAAACCGAAGCCUCUUCUACAUCUGCCAGUGCUACUUUGAAAGACAACAACUCGUAUAUAAAUUAUUCAUCUUCCAGAGGCGAGAGCAGUAGUGAAAAUGAAAGCGAUUCCAGCAAUUUUGUAUCAAAAUUGGGACCCAACGGUAAAAGUUUUCAAUACAAUAACGACGACAGUUUUAGCGAAUCAAAGAGUAAUGCAAAUAAAUACGCACUAUCCUUUGGACAACAAUAUUAGAAACGUCAACGACGCGAUCUAUUGACAGUUCAUAGACAUCUGUCAAUUUAAUGUUAUACGAAAUCUACUCAUUUGUGGGAUAAAUAUGAAUUGGUACAGCUUGCCAAUAAUUUGGAUUAAAUAAUUGGCAAUAAGACGAACAUAUUAUACCUAGGUUCUCAUUUAUAUUUAUAGACUUAUAUAAUAGCAAGACGUGUGUAUACUUAACUCAUGAAAGUGAGGAAUAUAAUAGUGAACGAAUAAGAAGCCAAUAAAUCUCAAAAAGAAGUUAUUAGAAGUAACUUUGGAAUCCGUAGCAACACAUUACAUGUGGUGCACAGAUAUUACCCGUAACGCACACAUAUUACAUGUAACGGACACAUAUUACACGUGUCGGACACAUAUUACACGUGUCGGACACAUAUUACACGUGUCGGACACACUUACUUCAGUUUGAUUAUUUACCGACUGCAGCUAAUGUUACUUCCUGCUUUUUUAUUAGUCUUAGUUUAUAUUAAUGUGUUUAAAAUAAAAUUAAAUACAUUGUUAAUAUUAUGAUUGUUUUGAAAUUCUUGGAAGAUAUUAAUUAUUUCUUGAUAUUUUAUGGAUAUAUUAUGAAAAUAAUGUAACUUUUUAGCUUAUCUGUGACGCGUUGAAAUUUAGAAGCAAUUAUAGGUACCAAUUUUUGUUAUUUCUAUGUGAUUUCAAACGAUCUUUGAGUACGAUUUCGUAUGCCGGAUGCAGCAACUAGUAUUUCUUAUUACAAUAAUUAUCUACUUAAUAAAUUAAAAUGAUUUGCGAUUACUCUUUAGUUAAUAUUUGUUGAAUUUACUAACGAGAUGCAUUUGUAAACUAAGUAAGAAUAUAAAUGAACGAAUGCCAAAUACGGCGUCAAAUUUUUGUGGUGUUUAAUAAACUUAUUCAAGCAUAUAA